AUGGUAGCUAAAUACCCGAAGUCUCUACAGGACGUCAUUGAGGGCGACGUAAUUGGGUCAGGCUACCACUCCCUCGUGGAACAACUGCAGAACAGAUUUGAGAACGUGAGGCGAUGCACGGCGCCAAAAAUACGGAAAAGAAAACGUCGCGCCGAUGAGUCUGACACAGACGACAGUCCUCCCGAAAGAAGAGCUGUGAUCCAGGACACCUACGGUUGCAUCAACUGGGAUCCGAAAUCCAUGCCCCUGGGAGAGGGCCAGGAGAGCCAGCGCCAGAACAAAGAAAAGCUCCAAACGUUGUCUCUACAAACUGAUCCAGAUCCAGAGGAAGUGACACUACUGAUGAGGUCAACUUUCUACGCACAGCGCAAACAGGUCAACCAAGGGAAAGAUAUCAAACACCUCGUGGAAGAGUGGCCCUUUUGGUUCGAUGAACUCGGCAUGUCGGUUCACUUCAAGGAACUAACUGGAACUGACCUGAAGGAAACAUUCGCGCGCAAUAUUGACAUGAAGGGGAAACGCCUCCUGGACUUCAUGAGAACUGUUGGUAUGAAAAAGAGCAAGUUCCUACCAGCUUUCAUGAAGUUCCAGUUGAUUAGGGGAGAGUUGACCGGUCGCUCUGAAGACGUCAAAGAGAUAGUGCUACUUUUACUGUCUUACUUUGACGAGAGGGAAGACGCGAUGUUUUGCUACGUGGAGGACUCGUGCCUGGCAGGGGAGCUGCAGAUGAAGCAAGUUCCCUUGACCCCCACCAUUGUGGUGUGUGGACAGAACUGUUUUUCCUCAAGCCGCUUUAUGCUGAGUGUGGAUCAGACAAUAGUAAAUAACAACAUCUCCUCCUUCACGUCGGCCCUCAACUUGAUGUUUGGCUCCUACUUCUGCUUCAACAUCCAUUACCCAGUAGAGCUGGCCUCAACGCUGGAGUUUCUGCAGAGGUGUUUUUAUUCAGUCAAUCCACAGAAGGGUACCAAAGUGACGAAGACCAGCACGACCCAUCACAUGAACCCGCGAGUUCUCACCCUCAUUUAGGACCUCUCAGACCAUGAUUGGCUCGAAGUCUAAACAGUCUCACACUCUCUCAGACCAUGAUUGGCUCGAAGUCUAAACAGUCUCACACUCUCUCAGACCAUGAUUGGCUCGAAGUCUAAACAGUCUCACACUCUCUCAGACCAUGAUUGGCUUGAAGUCUAAACAGUCUCACACUCUCUCACUCACACAGUGUUUUGUAUGAUGAACCCCCCGAGUUCCCACCGUCGCUAAGGGCCUCUCAGAAUGUUAAGACUUCGAGCCACUCGUCAUGGUCCAAGUCUCACUCCCACAUGUUCCGUUUCACUCACACAUAUUCCAUCUUACUCUCACUCAACGUAUUCCAUCUCACUCACAAAUAUUCCAUCUCACUCACAAAUAUUCCAUCUCACUCUCACUCACACAUAUUCCGUCUCACUCUCACUCACACAUAUUCCGUCUCACUCUCACUCACAAAUAUUCCAUCUAACUUUCAUUCACACAUAUUCUGUUUCACUCUCUCUAUAAACACUUGUUUGUCCCAUUGUUGGUACAAUGUUUUGUACAGUUUUGUAGACAA